CUUAUAUCAGCAAACUACCCCUAGAGUGCGGGAGCCACCCGCCACACUGUCACAAGAACGGCCCAUUUUAAUGGCGGAACUCUUUCACUCAGCUAAAGAAUCACCAGUUAACGCCGCCGGGGACCAUUUGAACAUGGAGCCUUCAAACUGACGCUGCUUCGUCUGCAUUUUUUCGUCGGGAAGUUUGACUUUCACAAUGUCCCCUUCACUCUCUUCUCUGCGUACACGUCUAGCCGUGCUUGGCUUACUCUCCGCCACAACCAUCUACCUCUUCUACAAGUCUCGCCCCCACAUUCGGCACCUCCGCAACCGCCUCAAAGCCCUUACAGGACUUCCCGCCCGAAACCCUAACCAUAACUCUAGAGGCAAAAUAUUCUAUCUCUCUGAAACUGGCACUUCGAGAGCCCUAGCUCAUCGUCUUCACGCCUUCCUAGCCCUAAGUGAUCUGCCGUUCGACCUCAUUGAUCCUAAAGACUAUGAGCCGGAGGAUCUGCACACAGAAAGUCUAUUUUUGAUUGUAGCUUCCACCUGGGAAGACGGGAAGCCUCCUGCAAAUGGUAGAUUUCUAGGGAAUUGGUUGACCGAGAGCUCUGAUGACUUUAGGGUUGGAUCAUUAUUGCUCAGCAAUUGCAAGUUCGCAAUCUUUGGUGUUGGCAGUAGAUCUUAUGGUGAAACUUUCAAUGCUGUUGCUAGAGAUUUCUCUAAAAGAUUGAGAAAACUUGGGGCAGGGGAGGUUUUGGAGGUGUGCCAGGGGGAUGUAGACGAGGGGAAUUUGAAUGAUGCAUUUGAUGGUUGGUGUAAGAGGAUGGCAAUGAUUUUGAAAGGUAACUGUGGACAGUAUUUUUCUAAAAGUGGUGCUAUUGAGGAGAGUGAUGGUGAGGUUAGUGAGGAUGAUGACGAAUAUGACAGUGAGGUAGAAGAACAUGGUGAGGACAAGGGGGUUGUUGAUAUUGAGGAUAUUGCUGGUAAAACAACUGACGCUACUAAGGCUAAUAAUGGGAAGGUGAAUGGUGAAAUAUUAAACAGGGAGAAAGAAAUGGUCACUCCCGUCAUUCGGGCUAGUUUGGAGAAGCAGGGGUACAAAAUAAUAGGUUCACAUAGCGGUGUGAAAAUUUGUAGAUGGACAAAAUCACAGCUUCGAGGGAGAGGAGGCUGUUACAAGCAUUCCUUUUAUGGCAUUGAGAGCCACAGGUGCAUGGAGACAACCCCUAGCUUAGCAUGUGCCAACAAGUGUGUUUUCUGUUGGAGACAUCAUACGAACCCUGUAGGGAAAAGCUGGCGGUGGAAGAUGGAUGAUCCUUUGCAGAUUGUGGAAACUGCAAUAGAGUUGCACACGAAAAUGAUAAAACAAAUGAAAGGAGUUCCAGGGGUAAAAUCAGAUCGCUUGGCCGAGGGCCUUUCUCCUCGGCAUUGCGCAUUAUCACUUGUUGGUGAACCUAUUAUGUAUCCAGAGAUAAACUCACUUGUAGAUGAAUUGCACCGUAGGCGCAUUUCAACUUUUUUAGUAACCAAUGCACAGUUCCCUGAAAGAAUUAUGAUGCUAAAACCAGUCACACAGUUGUAUGUUAGUGUUGAUGCAGCCACAAAGGAUAGUUUGAAAGCAAUUGAUAGACCACUAUUCGGAGAUUUCUGGGAGCGAUUUGUUGAUUCCUUGAAAGCUCUUAAGGAAAAGCAACAACGGACUGUGUACAGGUUGACACUAGUUAAAGGGUGGAACACAGAAGAUGUAGACGCCUACUCUAACCUCUUCAGCGUUGGAAAUCCUGAUUUCAUCGAAAUCAAAGGCGUCACUUACUGUGGAACGUCUGCUACAUCAAAGUUGACAAUGGAAAAUGUGCCAUGGCAUAAGGAUGUGAAGGAGUUUUCAGAAGCGCUGGCGAAGAAAAGCAAGGGGGAGUAUGAAGUUGCAUGUGAGCAUGUGCAUUCUUGCUGUGUUCUACUAGCAAAAGUCGACCAGUUUAAGAUCAACGGCCAGUGGUUCACGUGGAUAGACUAUGACAAGUUUCACGAUCUGGUCGCUUUGGGAAAGCCAUUUAGCAGUAGAGAUUACAUGGCUCCCACACCAUCAUGGGCCGUGUAUGGAGCUCAAGAAGGCGGUUUUGAUCCUGACCAGUCUCGUUUCAAGAAAGAGAGACAUCACAACAGAUCUACUCCUAGCUGAGAACCAUUUUACUUUUACUUCCCUUUAGCAUUUCUUAAAUAGCAUUACUUCCUCAAUCCCUGAAAGGUUUGCCAUUUUACUUGCCAAUGGCUCUUUUUAUUUUCUGAUUUUGUGUCGUUUUCUAAUCAUAUUCAAAUUUUCUUAUUGCUGUUAGAUAAAACUUGUAGUAUAUAUAGUUUAUAAAAGUGUGUA